AUAUUAAAUAUUAUUUUAUACAAUGGAAUAUGAAAAUUCAUCUAAUAUUAUAUAUUGCGUUGAAAAUGGUUUGUUGAAAAUUACAUUAAAUAGACCAGAAAAGAAAAAUGCUAUUACCAAUUCUAUGUAUAAAAAUUUAUUAGAGAUCUUUCAUAAAUCUAUUCAAGAUAACACUAUACAUACAGUAUGUUUGACUGGUACUGGAAAUUUUUUUAGUAGUGGAAAUGAUUUUGUUUCUUUAUUAACAAAUCAAGAUGUUUUUGAUAUCAAAAGUAUUAUUAAUGAUUUUAAAAAAUUUAUAGAUAUGUUAAUUACAUAUCCCAAACUUUUAAUAGCUGUUGUAAAUGGUCCUGCAAUUGGAAUUGCGGUGACAAUACUUCCAUUAUUUGAUAUAACAUAUGCAUCAGAUACAGCAUACUUUCAAACUCCAUUUACAAGCUUGGGCCUUAUUGCAGAAGGAUGUUCUACAUAUACAUUUCCUAAAAUAUUUGGAAAAUCUAAAGCUAGUGAUAUGUUAUAUUUAGGAUAUAAAAUGAAUGCAUUUGAAGCUAAACAAUAUGGUUUAGUUAGUGAAAUAUAUAAAUAUGAAUGUUUAGAUGAAGUUUGGAUAUAUUUAAAAAAAUUAACUAAACUUUCAUUAAAGUCUAUAUUAGCAAUUAAACAUUUAGUUAAAAAAUGGAAUCAGAACAUUUUAUUGGAAGUUAAUGCAGAAGAAUGUACUGAACUUAUAAAACAUAUACAAUCUUCUGAUUUUAUAGAAAGAUUAAAAAAUUUUAUAUUACAUAAAAGCAAAAUUUAAAUAUUUCUACUUUCCAUUAUGUAUAUUUUAUAUAUAAUAUAUUUUUUAUAUAAUAUAAAUAUUUGUUUUAUUAAUUUAA